AUGGCACGCGAAUCUCCGAACAAUCCUCGCAAUUGGGCACAAUGGAAGAAGAACGCGCAUAUUCUCAUGGUGCCUUUCCAUUCUAUGAUCGCGACUCUCAUGGCCGCUGGUAUCAUCCCAGCUUAUGAUAUGAUGGCAGAAGAAUACAAUGUGACAGUGCCCGAAGCAAGCUAUCUCACCUCUAUUCAGAUUUUGCUCCUGGGACUAUGUCCAUUCAUCUGGAAGCCAAUCACCUCGAUUUAUGGUCGAUAUCACGUCUUUCUGUUUUCCGUGCUGGAAAGCAUGGUAUGCAACAUCGGGGGCGCGAGAUGCACAACAUACGAAGCUCAGAUGGCGACAAGAAUUCUCACCUCGAUACUGAUCUCUCCUCCAAUUGGCAUCGGCAGUGGCGUCAUCACAGAGCUCUGCGAGCCAGAGAAACGGGCGCAGAAGUUGGGCUGGUGGAUGCUGAUGAUCACACUUGGUACACCUAGCGGUCCAUUCAUUAUUGGGUUUGUCACGAAACACAUAGGCAUUGAAUGGAUAUUUUGGAUUUUCGCCAUCAUAAACCUUGUUCAAUUCAUCGCACACAUGGCUCUCGGGGCGGAAACAAUGUACCUGCCCGAGUUUGAUAAUUUCCUGAGGGCGGGAGAGGCGAAAAAAGGUGUAUUCGACAAGCUCAUUCCACGACGACUUGACUCGCGCUCUCUCAAGACGCGUGAGUUCAUCGAACCCAUCUUUCUUUGCCGACAUUAUGCAGUCCUGAUCCCUGCGGUCGCCCACUCUAUUAUAUUCUGCUAUGGCAACAUCAUGCUGAUCGUGGAGAUGCCAAUUGCAUUCGGAGAAAAGUUCGACUUUGAUGCUCAGCAGAUAGGGCUGCAGUUUAUUGCUAUCAUCAUUGGGUGUCUCCUCGGCGAACAAUUGAGUGGUCCCCUUUCUGACUUUUUCUUGAGGAGCUUGAGUAAAAGAAAAGGUUACACUCGACCAUUAGACAAGGCCCAAUCCUGGGAUGUGACACCCUGUAUUGGUGCGGCCAUCGCGAGUUUUGGCAACCAAGUUAUCACGACGAUUCUCAUCUCAUUUGCUGUUGAUAGCUAUAAGGAGAAGUCAACUAAUGUUGGAGUCUGCAUCAACCUGUUCCGCCACAUUUAUGGGUUUAUUGGGACAUUCUAUUUCCCUUCUAUGUUCGAAAGUCUGCAGUUUGCCGGUGCAGCAGGUGUUAUGUGUGCUAUCAUCGGUGCUUGCGCGUUAGUCCCUAUCAUAGCGGUUCAGUUUGCUGCUAGCCGUUCAACCCACCAAGUCUGA